AUGUCGGCGUGCUCCGUAUGCCCGUUACUAAUGACUUGUUCCGUUGAAGCCGGCAUGAUCCUGCAUCGCAACAGAGUCAACGCGCGCCGUGUCAUUCUCCUCAGCUUCUACGGGCUUUCCAUUGUAAGUUUUCUUUUCCUUUUUGGGGGUUUUUUUUCGAGCGACGGCCCAAAAAACCUACUGCACGGUGCAAAAAGCAAGAAAUCGCAUAAUGAAAAGAAAAGUUUUGUUUUCUCACAGUGCGUGUCGCCGAUUUCAGCCGGGCGACUUUCCGGAUGAGCUAGUAAUAUUUUGCUUUUUGCACCGCUCAGGCUUUUUGGACUAUCCGUCGAAUCUUGACUUUUUUCACAGCGCAUGUCGACGAAACCACCUCGGCGAUUUUUCGAACAUACUAGUCCGGAGCUACAGUGACGGACCUGGUCCAGUCGCAAAAAGCGUGCCAUUUUGCAUCCGGGAAGUAUCAAAAAUAUAGCAAAAUACCUCCCCCUCCAAGUGAAAAAACUCCGGUUUCAAAAACGCGCUCGCUCUUUUUGUGAGAGAAAGGGCUUUUGAAAUCAGAGUUUUUUCACUUGUAGAGGGAGGCAUUUUGCUAAAUUUUUUGAUACUUCCCGGAUGCAAAAUGGUACGUUUUUUGCCACUGGAUCAGGUCCAUCACUGUAGCGUCAAAAACCAAAUUUCUCAUCUUUUAUAAAAACUCCCUAAGAAUCAUCCCGAUUUGAAUUUACCCAUUCUUCCCCCCAAUCUUUCAUAUUUUCAGCUCUUAUCAAUUCUACUUUUCUUCUUCGCCGGGAUCUACUGCCGCUUGGGGCACUGCACGAUCACAUGGACGGAGCAGAAUCGACAGUACGCGCAGGCAAGUCCCGUAAGGACGUUUCGGGAAUUUACCAACACCCUUUUUGUCGCAAUUCCAUUAACUCUUUUGUGGUGGAAACCAAACCCUAAAUUUCCGGACUUAACCUUCUUUUCAACCAUUUUUACUGUUGUGCCGUUGGAUAUUGUACCGUUUUUUGUUUGAAAAUCUAACAAGUCAAUUUUCACAUCAAUCUGUCGGGAAAAUAAUGUGGAGUUGUCGCGCUUUGAAAUCUCGCAUCAUUGCUUUGCGAUGACCAGCCGCGGCUGGAGAGUCGGUGCGACGAGGCGAAAAAUUUUGCUGCGACAAAUCCACAUUAUUUUCCAGACUAAUUGGUAAUUUUUUGCUGGCUUUGAAACUCACUGGGGAAGUGGCUCAAAGUGCGGAGUUCCGAUUUCGGCACAAAUUUAGAGAGCUCGCGUUUUGCAGAAACGAUCUUUAGGUCGACUUGGCACAUAUUUGGCACUUUUUUGCGAAUUUUGGCACGAAAAAGUUUCAUGUCAAUAUUCCUACCGUAGUUAAUAAUCUUUUCACAAGAAGUCGGCUUUUUCCUCGCAAGAAAAGAUACGGCCCAAAUUUGUUCUCUCUCGGUCGCAAAGACUCCCCGGAAAGCGCGAGGACUUUUAGGAAUUGACAUACAGUUGCGGACUUGAUCCAGUGGCAAAAAACGUAUCAUUUUGCAUCCGGGAAGUAUCAAGAAAUGUAGCAAAAUACCUCCCUGUCCAACUGAAAAAAAACUCCGCUUUCAAAAGCCCGCUUUUUUGUGAGGGAAAGUGCCUUUCAAAACGAAGUUUUUUCACGUGGAAAGGGAAGCAUUUUGCCACAUUUUUUGAUAUUUCCCGGACGCAAAAUGGCAUGUUUUUGCCACUAGAUCAGGUCCGUCACUGCAUGGCGUAUGCGGUGUGUGAAAAUUAAAAAAAUGUUAAAUGAAUGUUGUGCUUGAAGCUUCUCUUGUCAGUGUGCGAAAAACACGUGGUCUAUCUAAACAAGUGCCAAUUUUCAGAUCUUCCCAAUGUUUGUUGCAUGCCUAACACUCCUUUUAUCGCUUUCAUGGCUCAUAUCAAACUCCUGCUACAUGGAUUCACCGUGUAUGCAGGAUUACAAUUGUUUGGUAAGUCUAUUUUUAAAAUUUUUAUGGUAUUAAUUUCUUACUCAUAGCUUGGUUAGCAAUUCUCAUUUUGAUAAAAAAGGCAAUUAAUCAGAUCACAUAUUUUACGUUUUACUUUCAGGAAAUGCCGACCGCAGUAUUUUGCUCGCUAAUGGCGGGGAUUUGCGCGGUGAUCGAGAUCCACUAUAGUUUUGACUACUCUUACAUUUAUUGGAGCGAAAAAUGGACUUUUGCCGCGGUAAGUUGGCGAUUUAUAAUAUCCAAAUGAUGCAUUGUGAACUCUAGUGUAAUUCUAGCCAAAAACUGAAUACCAUUGGAGGUGUUACAGUAACCUUUACUAUCAUUUUUCAUAAUUUCACAAAAAAAUUUUGGCGAAUUUUUGAAAAGUCCAAAUUUUUAAGUUUCAAAGGUUUUACUGACUGUAAUUAGUUCCCAGCUAUAGGUCAUGACCUCUGUUAUAAUUUACAGUCAAAAUUUCUUACGUGUUUUGCACUAAAAAUAAUUUUUAGCGCAUUUUCCACCAAAAAGCUCGCUCUUUUCGAUUUUUUUUGAGAUUUUCGGUAUUUUCGAGAAAAGGAUGGUUGAAAAAGUGUUAGCACAUGACUCAUUGAGAAGCAUAGGCUAUCGUCCAAUAAAUUAAACCGAAAAAGACCCGUAUUUUUCAAUUAUUAGUCUUAAAAAAACCAAUUUUUUCGCAAAAAAUCAUUUUUGGCAAAUUUGACGGUUACCCUUAAAAUAUUACUAUUUCAUACAUCUCCACAAGCUCUCAAAUACUUUCCAGACUUUGUUCAAGACAUUUGCUGUUCAUUCUACCCAUUAUUUUUCAGGCCGACGCAGUGGCGAUGGUUUUCCUGCACGCAGCCAUAGCAUUUGCCCUAACUUAA